AUGGUGCUUCGAAGCAUCUCACUUGUUAAGUUCAAGGGCGUCAUUCUCCAGAAACCCAUGGCAAAAGCAGUGGUAGUUGGAGACUCCGUCAGCUUCUUCUGCCACGGGGUGGGACAGCCCAAGCCCAAUGUAUUCUGGGAACGGAACGGGAAGCGACUGUCCCGCCAGGACUUUGACCAGACCUACUACCUGGAGGAGAGAGACGGGAUGUCGGUGUUGGAAGUGGGGAAAGUUCAGGAGAGACGUGAUGAGGGCACCUUCUCCUGCACUGUGGAGAAUGACCUAGGCUACAGUGAAGCGGCCACAACACUUACAGUUUACAGACGGAACGAGAGACCUGAAGACUUCCCGACGAUUACGAAACAUCCUGUGGUGACGGCAGCGGCUCGGGGGGACAGGAUUCGGCUACAUUGCACCUCUAGUGACCCCACGGCCACUGUCACGUGGUACAAGGACAGGUUCCCUCUGAAGCUAACUCAAAGGGCCAAAGUCACCAUGAAAGAUGGAGCCAGUGAGCUCCGGAUCCUGAAGGCGCGGGAGUCGGACUACGGGAAGUACCACUGUUCCAUGGAAAAUCAGUCUGGCAUCGUGUAUUCCAAGAGAGCCAUGUUAUACAUACGUCGCGCCGUCAGGAAAGUGUAA